AUCUGUUUGCUUUUGAGGCACAACAUGAAGCUUGCUAUAAGCUUGGCCGUUUUUGUGUGUGGAGUUCUAGUGGGAGCCUAUGGCAAAAUGACUGCUACCACUUCUCGAGGGAGAUUACGUGGCAGUAUGACUACAGUUCCCCCUGAAUACGACCUAUCAAAACAAGAAGAACAAAAUGCAACCAGAGUGGUCCAAAUGAACGCUACACAAUGGGUCAAGUGGCGCACGUAUAAUGUGACAGAUCUUUUCAAAGGUUACCCUCUGCAGUGCGAAAAUUUCAAGGUUAUGGAAAAGAGAACACCGACGAACUACUCUUUACAAUACAAUUAUAGGAGCGGAUAUAGUUGGGAGACAAUCAACGAAGACCUAAUUUUGGGAUUUCUCAAUCUACGGCCCCUUCCCCCAAAUGACAUGUUCUUUGCGAGGACUCCUAUUGGCGUACAAACGCACAAUUUAGUGUUGUAUUCCAACUACAUGAACUGCACCAUUCUUCGAAUCCCAUUUCCAACUGAAGAUGAGAGACAUUGUGACCUGUGGAUGGCGAAUAUGACUGUUUCGCAAGAUACACCAACUCUCUGCCUCCAGAAAUUUUUUGAGUAUUGCAACACGACGCAGAUCUUCAACGUUUACUUUCCUAAUUGUACGGAAAAUGAAAGACACUUUUUCUUGAAGUAG